AAGUAAACAGGCAGCGAGGAGUAUUUGUUUUUCCAAUCAGUGCCGGUUUGGAAUACCCAAAGUGUUAACUUGUUUGUGAAACCGUUCGUGAUGUAAACAAUGAAACAAAACCUCCGGCGACGAGUUAAGAUCGAAUCGAUCGGUGCGGGCGAUAAUACGGCCAUGUUUUAAGUGCGGACGGAAAAAAUGCUCGCGCAAAAGUUGUACCCGGACGUGAGCAUGGCUACGUCGGCCAACGCUAUGACUCCGAUGACGCCGACCACGUACUCUAUGAAUUCGAUGUCGUGCGUGCCCAUGGCCCGGAUGAACUGUUCCCCGCAGACCCCGAUGUUCGGGUCUGGAAUGUUAACGGGCGACAUGUCGAAUAACAUGUCGAUGAACCCGCGGAUCCAGCAGCAGGGCAUCAACGAGUCCCCCCAGCUAGGCUACACCGCCAUCGGUUCGCCCAUCACCAACAUGGCAUCUUGUAUGGGCACCACGAUGUCGGGUAUCAAUAACGCGUACCCGCAAAUCGGUCGCGGAGAUCUCGGCGGAGGAGAUACCUCCCCCAACUCCGCUUUGCAGAGGGCCAGAGCGGAUAAAACCUACCGGCGGUCCUACACCCACGCGAAGCCGCCAUAUUCGUACAUCUCGCUGAUCACGAUGGCGAUCCAGAACAGCCCGCAGAAGAUGCUCACGUUGUCCGAGAUCUACCAGUUCAUCAUGGACUUGUUUCCGUUUUACCGCCAGAACCAGCAGCGCUGGCAAAAUUCCAUCAGGCACUCGUUGUCGUUCAACGACUGCUUCGUGAAGGUGCCCCGCACCCCCGACAAGCCGGGAAAGGGCUCCUUCUGGAGCCUCCAUCCGGACUCAGGCAACAUGUUCGAAAACGGCUGCUACCUGCGGCGCCAGAAGCGCUUCAAAGACGAAAAGAAGGAGAUCAUCAGGCAGUCGCAUAAAAGCCCGUCGCACACGAUGGACAACAGCAACAGCUCGGGAAAGAAGACCCCGCUGCACGGCGAAGACAAGGGGCACCAUUUGGAGAAGACGCCCGAGAAUCACCUGAGCUCGAUGAUGAACAUCCACCCGGCGAAGCUCGACGUCGACCAGAUGAACUUACUGCACUCGAACGAUUUGAACAUGCAUCAGCAGCACCACCACCAGAACAUGUCGCACGAGGAGAUCUCGGCGAUGCUGAACCGCAGCAACCACCUGGCGUUGAGUGAGCACCAGGCCAUGUUGCACCACGGCUCGAUGAGCCAUCACCUGAAGCAGGAGCCGGCGGGUUACACUCCCUCGAAUCAUCCGUUCUCGAUAACGAGGCUGCUGCCCAACGAGAGCAAGUCGGACAUCAAGAUGUACGACAUGCAGUACGGAUACAACACGCUGAGUCCCCUUCCGAACGCGAUACAUUCUCACACGUCCCUGGGGAACGACUAUUACAACAGUUCUUCGUUGUAUCACACGGCGACGGGGACCACGAGUUUGUGACAGUAUCCUCUGGCUUAGAAGCGAUCCUUCGUGACCUCGAAUAUUCGAAUCGUUUUGUACAUAGUCUUGGUGGUUUUUCGAAAAUCUCAUUCACCGAUCGAUCUGUACGCUUUUCUGCUAAAGUGGGUUCGCAUUUUAGACGCGUCGUGAUCUACAGCUUCUGUAUCUCCGCUCGAAAGCGAAGCGAGUGUAUAGAAACGAAUGUACAUUCUGUAAUUACGCUGUACAUUUUAAUUUUUAAUGAAUAUAUUGUGAUGUUCCCGAUAUACUUGUCGACGGUCGAAGUAUAAAAAAUAUAUAUAUUAUAAGGAAAUGUACAACCGUGAACUAAAAGUGUUUGUACAUAUUCGUAAAAGAUAUAAAUAAUUUAUGUAAAAUAAUUUUUAUCUUAUAAUAAAUG